AUGGAGGCAGCAAUUUACGCCCUAACAAGCGAAAAAAUCGACGAGAUAUUCGCGCUUUUCGGGAUUAAGAAGAGUGAGCGGAUAGACCCACUUAUCACCGAGCUGUCUGGUAUAGAUAGCGGAAAGAGGGGUUUACCAGAUGUCAAGGGUCUAUGCGCACCCACCCGGAAGAAGAGGAGGCAUAAAGCGACUUUGAAGGGCGACGGCACCAACGGCGAAGAACAGAUAUCGAACGAACUGGCUAAGACAAAGGACGAUCUUGGAGGUCGUAUACUAGUGACCGAGGAGGCUGUGGAAGCCAACAAAAAAUGCGAUGAUCAGGCGAUUGCUUCUACUGCUACGCCUGAUGACCUACCCGCAGACGAAGUUACUGUCUCAACAUCAUCCCAAAUCGAAACAGAAUCCCAGCCGAUACCUCAAAAGCCUUCAGCUACGUCGGCGAACAUCAAGAGCCCGGGUGAUUCAUCUUCAGGUGUACCUCUCGUUAGACGUCUUCCGCCAUGGCUGGAUUCUGGUUAUGCAUCAAAGGUGGUGACGACGGUAUUAGUGAACUGUGUCAGGCUUAAUACGGCAAUCGGACUACAUGGCCCCCUGACGGUGAAGGUGAGAUUAACUACGGAUCCUUCCAAGGUCCAGCAGUACGCGGAGGGUAUAUCCGAACUUGAAUAUUACCAAGCAGUCGAGGUGGUGAAAAGAGAUCAUGCGGCUGUAGCAGGCAGGAACCUCCAGACUUGGUUCAAUGAGACAGUAUACUGGGAUAUUAUUUUGAAAGGAGCAAAACGUAUCGAACCGACUACAUUGCCAAGGUCGAAAGGGCCUGACGAUGGAUUCACCCCCGCUGAGAAGGCUGCCACCAAGAGACUGAUGGAAGAUCUCGGAUACGGACUAAGUCCGGAAAGUCAGCGCCAGCAACGCCGGUUGUGGAAAAGUCUGUUCGACAUGCGACGAGCGGGCAUCAGCAAAUUCCUCUUCUAUCGCACCCAAGAAUUCGACAGUUACUGUAAAACCUAUCCGCAGAGAGCGGUGACUUCCCUGAUCGAUACAGUCACGGAGUGGGAAAGGAUAUAUAAACCACAUUUUGAGCAACUAGAAUACCUAGUCACACGCUUUAUGAAAGGUGACAUUGCGCGCAGAUCAUGCUUGCGAAUUCCACCCGUGGCUGCAAGACUCACCGUUCCAGAACAAUCAUGGAAUGAUGCCAGCAAUGCAUGGUUCUCUGCUGAUGAGGAAGCUAGCUUCGCGCUGGAGAAUGAGGCUAUAGCGGUCCCGCCCGACAACCUGGGUGUUGCAUUCGGCGGCAGGUCAAUUUUGCAAGACGAAAGAGACAAGUCUAUCUUCAUGCUUCUUGCACCCAGAGAUGAUGACCAAGUCCUUUCUGUGCGUUCUCUCAUUCCAGUGCAUGAAGGUGACUUUCUUGGGGUGUUUUCGGGGACAAUCCGAUUUACUCCAGAGUUCGAGCCGAAGUGGGGGAUCCCUGGUCCCCGAGAAAAUCUCUGGCUGGAUUAUUCUCAGGUCACUGGGACCCUAAAUCAGAUGCGAGUUUCGCGGAUUGGUGAUCUCGCUAAUGUUCAGCUUCACUGGGAGCUGUUUAGCGAGUCGGAUGCAUCACAGCCACGCUUGCUAUGGAGGGUUUCAGUCAAGGCACUGAAGACCAUCGGGCCCAUGGAAGAGCUUAUCAGAGAAGCCCCUCACGAGGAUCAAUAUUUUCUGCAUCAGUCAGCAGAUUAUGCACAAAGGGGUUUCAUUAAUAGAGCGCUCUAG